GUAUAAAGCAUGUGUUGUAAACAAACGAGCCAAAGUUGGAAACGAUAUUCUUAGGAACUGAAGUGAUUCCCUCUUGCGAUAAACCUGGUAUUUUAAGAAAAGGGAGCUAAAUAAAGAGGGUGUCGUGGGAUAUUAAGUACACAAAAGUAUGAAGCCCUUUAAAGGAAGAAGAGCGUAAACAUCUCCCAGCCCAGAGUGGGAUGAGCUCCCUCAGCAAGCGGGUGCGUCCCUCUCCUGCCCCUCAGAGAAGGCCCUCUUCUGAAAGCGGUCAUCUUCCAGCGGCGGCCUCCAUGAGGCACAAUGGGGCGCAGUUCGAAAGAUAAACGCGACGUAUACUACCGGCUGGCGAAGGAGGAAGGAUGGAGGGCGAGGAGUGCUUUUAAACUCAUUCAGAUUAACGAGGAAUUUAACAUCUUUGAAGGAGUUACCCGUGUUGUGGACCUGUGUGCAGCUCCUGGCAGUUGGAGUCAAGUUUUGUCACGCACACUCAGAGGGGCAGCACCAGACCCUUCUGUAGUCAAGAUUGUGGCUGUUGAUCUUCAGGCAAUGGCUCCCUUGCCAGGCGUUGUUCAGAUUCAAGGAGAUAUCACUAAGACCAGCACUUCAGAGGCAAUCAUUAGCCACUUUCAGGGUGACACAGCACAGCUUGUCGUUUGCGAUGGUGCUCCAGAUGUUACUGGACUACACGACCUUGAUGAAUAUGUACAGGCACAGCUACUCUUGGCUGCACUAAAUAUCACAACUCACAUAUUGGCUCCGGGAGGAACUUUUGUAGCAAAGAUUUUCAGAGGGAAGGACGUCACCUUGCUUUACGCUCAGCUCAAGAUUUUCUUCAGGAAAGUUACUGUAGCCAAACCCAGAUCCUCAAGGAACUCAAGUAUUGAAUCCUUUGUUGUAUGCCAGGACUACAGUCCGCCAGAUGGUUACACUCCCACUAUGGUGAACCCUCUGCUUGACCUUAGUUACCAAGGAUCGUGGCAGGACCUGAAGGGGAUAAACCGUGUCAUAGUUCCCUUCCUUGCUUGUGGUGACCUUUCUGCAUAUGACUCUGAUAUGACUUAUCCUUUGCAAAUUGAUGGGCAGUCUUAUGAGUAUCGACCACCAACCCAGCCACCUAUUAGUCCUGCAUACACGACAGCAAUUACCAUGAAACGCCAAAACCUACAGGUGAAUCCUCAUCUGGAGCAAGGUAUCCAAGUAGAAGGAAAAACAAUAGUGGGGGAACAAGGAACCGCAGCGAAUACCCCUGAAGACAUGAUAGAUAAAAUGGAUAAAAUGAAGUUGCAACCUUAGGUUUUGAGUAAUUACGUUUUACAGCCAAGUGUCUUGCAAUGGAACUUUGCAUGUACGUUUAAAAAAUCUAUCUGUUUAUAUCAAAGGAUUAGGUGAUUAUGAAUGCUGUCAUAAUUUUUAGACAUUACGUUUAA